UAAUCGCAUACACAAUUUUUCCGUCUAUGAUGAGAAACAGAGACGCGUAUAAUAUUUUUUUUUCUCGUAACUUUUUGGUGGACUUUCGGUUUUAUCUCACGAGAUUUCCCGACGAAUCUGCUAUUUUGAAUCGUGAAAAGGGAUGUCAAUAGGAGAAGAGGAAAAUUCCUGAAAAUGUGAAGGACCUGGAAACACUCGAUAGGCGAUUUCUCUGUGGAAAAAAAGUAAUUGCGGGGAGAUGUAAACACUUUGUGUAGUUCACACCAGCCGCUUUAUUGGCCAUCUGCCUCACCCGCACUGUGUUCGGGAUGGCAGUCUUAGUCUAUCUGGAUCGCUGAGGACUCGGUCGGUACUACUUGCUUGGCGCGCGCAGCUGCCCCGGCGUCCGUCCGUCGUCGCCUCCUGUCUUCUACUUACAGUUACAGAACAAAAAUAGCCAAUACUUGGUUGGAAAAAAAAAAGCUUUAAUUACGUUUUUAUUUUGGGCCAUGGAGACAAAUGUACAGAAAAGACGCGAAACCCGCUCCCUGCGAGUGAAAGUGAUAAGUCUGGGGAACGCUGAGGUGGGAAAGAGCUGUAUUAUCAAGCGCUACUGUGAGAAGAGGUUUGUCCCCAAGUACUUGGCCACCAUAGGAAUAGACUAUGGCGUUACCAAAGUUCAAGUUCGCGACAGGGAGAUGAAAGUGAAUAUUUUUGACAUGGCAGGACAUCCCUUCUUUUAUGAGGUGCGGAAUGAAUUCUACAAAGACUCCCAGGGCGUGAUCCUGGUUUAUGAUGUCGGCCAGAAGGAGAGCUUUGACUCCCUGGACGGCUGGCUGGAUGAAAUGAAGCAAGAGCUGGGCUCCAUUUCCAACAUGGAGAGCAUUGUCUUCGUUGUGUGUGCUAACAAGGUGGACCUCACAAAGCGGCGAGUGGUGGAUGAGAGUGAGGGCAGGCUCUGGGCAGAAAGCAGGGGCUUCUUCUACUUUGAGACCUCAGCACAGAGCGGAGAGGGCAUCAAUGAAAUGUUCCAGGUUUUCUUCUCCUCCAUCGCGGAUAUGUGUGAGAAUGGAGGCAAGCGGCCAAUAGCGGAGGUCAACCUGGGGUUCACCAAGGAACAAGCAGACACCAUCCGCAGGAUCCGGAGCAGCAAAGAUAGCUGGGAUAUGCUCGGGGUUAAGCCUGGUGCCACCAAAGAGGAGAUCAAUAAGGCGUACAGGAAGUUGGCCGUACUCCUUCACCCAGACAAGUGCGUGGCACCAGGCAGUGAAGAUGCCUUCAAGGCAGUGGUUAAUGCUCGCACCGCACUGCUUAAGAACAUCAAGUAGGAUGUCCAGCAGAGUUUCCCCCAAGCCGUUACCCCAGUCACUCUUUUCUACCAUGGAAAUAUUGUCAUUGAACUCCAGUAUUGAAAACGAGGUGAAAUCUUAUGCAGCCGCCUUGUGGAGUUUUGACCACUGGUCACUGAUAUCGUGCAGCUCGAUAAUACUGUUUACAGUUGUUUUGAGUUAUUUAUUUUGUUAAUAUAUUUUUAAUUUUUUGCCAUUUGUUUAAAUAAAAAAAGAUUAUCAUUUAUAUGUUAUUUAAAUGCCUAUUUGUGUUGUAAUUAAUUUGGCUGAAAUUGUAAGUCACGUUCCCAAACUAAGUUUACACCCAGUGCUACACUGGGUUCUAUACACUCUUGUACUGGUCUGCUGUCCACCUGAAUUCAUUGUGAUUAGGUCCUGAAGCAGUAUGUUGCAUUUUGGAUGGGGAAUUAACAGAAGAUAUGAUCUUGGACAGUAACUGUAUGAAACCUACCAGCUGUGUUGGGUAACAAGAGAUCAGGAAUAACCCCCUGUAUUAUUUGAAAUCCCAUUUCCAGCACUUCAAAAACACCUGACAGACUGUUUUUAAUAUUCCUCUGUAAUAGUGUUGCUGCUGCCUCUUCCACUUUUGAAAUAGUUACCCACUAAUGUAAGGAUAAAAGGAUAAACAAUUAAUGAGUGCACAUAUUAGCAAAACAUCAAAGAGAAAAUAUGUUAAGAAUUGUGUGUUUGUAUGUGUGUGUGAGAGAGAGAGGGAGAAAAAAUAUAUUGUUCCCUGGCGAAAGUUUGCAUGUUAGCAUAUUUUUAUCAUCUAGCAGCUUCUAUGGUUGUUGAAACAAAGUUAAUUGCCCAUGUCUGCCUUUUUGAAGUCUAUUCACAUAUGAAGAGUUUAAUUUAAUGGGCUAAAAGCAACAGCAACCCUUACAUAUACAGUAUAUGACUUCAACACAGCAGUCACUGAAACUAUUAUGAUGUCAGCAAGUAGCCAAUUAAUUACAAUAACUGAUGAUGAUAGUACAUGUAUGCUUGAAUAUAAAAUGUUCUAUGAAAGCAUGGAGGUGGAAAAAAUGUGUAUUUGUACCAUUUUCUCUGAACCAUAAGUUGUAUUUUGCUUUUGUCCACAAUCAUGUUCUGGUCUUUAGUUUUUAACUUUGUUUUGCUUACUGACAGUGCUCUUUGCUUUUUGAUUUUGUCCAUCAAUUUUUUGUGUUUGGUGUUGACUUGAUUCUUCUGUUUUGAAAUGCAGUCUAUAUGGUACUUUUAGGACUGAAGCAAUCUAUGCAUGGUUUAUUGUAAGAAAUUUUGAUGUUAACACUAACUAGGGAAUCGCUGAGAGACAGUCCUCAUGUUAGCAAACCCAGGCUUAAUAAGAGAUACAGUGUAUGAAUUUUUUAAAUCUCAUUGAUAAUCUCAUGUUAAUUUAACACUAAAAUGUCAAAUUAUUUUAAUUUUUUAAAUAAAUUUAGGAGCAGAAGUAGCAAUUAUACAGUUUUAUAUUACCAUUAGAAUGUUAUGUAAAUCAGAACAUAAAUUAUAUAUAUUGUAUGCCCUGAAAAUAUAGCCAAUUUUUGUAAUUAUUCUUGUAAAAGUUUUGUAGCACUUAUUUCAGACAGUACUGUAAAUCAUGUUUGAAGGAACUUUUGUUGCAGGUUGUAUUUAAUACAUGCAAUUGUUACUUUAAUUGCAUGGAAUAUGUUUUUUCAGUGAAUAGGAUUUUAUUGGUGAAGCCAACGUGCCACAUGUGGCACAACUACGCUGUAUUUUCUGCAUACCCUGUUUUUUUGCUAUGAGAUAUGGCCAGUGAGUUCCAGCCCAAGUCUCUCUGUUGGUUAGCAGAACUCGGGACACAAAGAGGAUGCUUUCACCUUCAGUAGCGUUUUGUUUGACCUCAAAAAUGGUUUGCACUAUUUUUUUGACAAUCCCACAACAUUUUUCAGUAGGCGUGUUGCCAUGUGUAAAUCAAUUCUCAAAUUAGUCCUGUACAAAAUGUCAUAAGACAGCACAUGUAAUGUGUUUUUGCACAGCCACGUUGAGUACUGCAUUCGGAAGGUGUUGAUGGCAUGAAUUUACCUCUUAAAGUGCAUUUUUUAAAUGUGUUCGGUAAAAUUGUGUACAUUGUUUUUGAAAUACAGUA